AUGACAGCCUCCCGCCUGGACUUUGGGGAGGUGGAAAGUUUCCUGGACAGGCACCCAGAGUUGUUUGAAGAUUACUUGAUGCGGAAGGGGAAGCAGGAGAUGGUGGAGAAGUGGCUGCAGAGACACAGUCAGAGUCAGGGGGCUUUAGGCCCAAGGCCCACACUGGCUGGCACAAGCGGCGUGGCUCACGGCGGUGGCAGAGGUAGCAGCAGCGUUGGUGAUGGCACCGGACCAAAUGGCUCUGCUAGCAGCCAGCACACUCCGGGUGGUGGGGACUCAGGUGGGGUUCCCCUGAGUCCCAGCUGGGCCAGUGGCAGCCGCAGCGAUGGAAGCCUGCAGCGGAGAGCUUCUCAGAAAGAGCUAAGGAAGAGUUUUGCCCGCUCCAAGGCCAUCCACGUGAACAGGACCUACGAUGAACAAGUGACCUCCCGGGCCCAGGAGCCCCUGAGCAGUGUGCGGCGGAGGGCACUUCUCAGGAAGGCCAGCUCCCUGCCCCCCACCACUGCCCACAUUCUCAGUGCCCUGCUGGAAUCGCGGGUGAAUGUGCCUCAGUACCCACCUACCGCCAUGGACUACAAGUGCCACCUCAAAAAGCAUAAUGAGCGUCAGUUCUUCCUGGAACUGGUCAAGGAUAUCUCCAAUGACCUUGACCUUACCAGUCUGAGCUACAAGAUCCUCAUCUUCGUCUGCCUCAUGGUGGACGCUGACCGCUGCUCUCUCUUCCUGGUGGAAGGGGCAGCUGCUGGCAAGAAGAGCUUGGUCUCCAAAUUCUUUGACGUGCAUGCAGGAACCCCACUGCUGCCCUGCAGCUGCACAGAAAACUCAAACGAGGUGCAGGUCCCCUGGGGCAAAGGCAUCAUUGGCUAUGUCGGGGAGCAUGGAGAGACGGUCAACAUUCCUGAUGCCUACCAGGAUCGAAGAUUCAAUGAUGAAAUUGACAAGCUAACUGGAUACAAGACAAAAUCAUUACUGUGCAUGCCUAUCCGAAGCAGUGAUGGUGAGAUUAUCGGUGUGGCCCAAGCAAUAAAUAAGAUUCCUGAAGGUGCUCCAUUUACUGAAGAUGAUGAAAAAGUUAUGCAGAUGUAUCUUCCAUUUUGCGGAAUUGCCAUAUCUAAUGCUCAGCUAUUUGCUGCCUCAAGGAAAGAAUAUGAAAGAAGCAGGGCUUUGCUAGAGGUGGUUAAUGACCUCUUUGAAGAACAGACUGACCUGGAGAAAAUUGUCAAGAAAAUAAUGCAUCGGGCCCAAACACUGUUGAAAUGUGAACGCUGUUCUGUUUUACUCCUAGAGGACAUCGAAUCACCAGUGGUGAAGUUUACCAAAUCCUUUGAAUUGCUGUCCCCAAAGUGCAGUGCCGAUGCUGAGAACAGUUUCAAAGAAAGCAUGGAGAAAUCAUCAUACUCCGACUGGCUAAUAAACAGCAGUGUUGCUGAGCUGGUGGCUUCCACAGGCCUUCCAGUAAACAUCAGUGAUGCCUACCAGGAUCCCCGCUUUGAUGCCGAGGCUGAGCAGAUAUCUGGUUUUCACAUAAGAUCGGUUCUCUGCGUACCUAUUUGGAAUAGCAACCACCAAAUAAUUGGAGUGGCUCAAGUGUUAAAUAGACUUGAUGGGAAACCUUUCGAUGACGCAGAUCAACGACUUUUUGAGGCUUUUGUCAUCUUUUGUGGCCUUGGCAUCAACAAUACAAUUAUGUAUGAUCAAGUGAAGAAGUCGUGGGCCAAGCAAUCUGUGGCUCUUGAUGUGCUAUCUUAUCAUGCAACAUGUUCAAAAGCUGAAGUUGACAAGUUUAAGGCAGCCAACAUCCCUUUGGUGUCAGAACUUGCCAUCAACGACAUACACUUUGAUGACUUUUCUCUCGACGUUGACGCCAUGAUCACGGCUGCUCUUCGGAUGUUCAUGGAGCUGGGGAUGGUACAGAAAUUUAAAAUCGACUAUGAGACACUGUGUAGGUGGCUUCUGACAGUAAGGAAAAAUUAUCGGAUGGUUCUGUACCACAACUGGAGACAUGCCUUCAACGUGUGCCAGCUGAUGUUCGCGAUGUUAACUACCGCCGGGUUUCAAGAGAUUCUGACCGAGGUGGAAAUUUUAGCCGUGAUUGUGGGAUGCCUGUGUCAUGACCUCGACCACAGGGGAACCAACAAUGCCUUCCAAGCUAAGAGCGGCUCUGCCCUGGCCCAACUCUAUGGAACUUCUGCUACCUUAGAGCAUCACCAUUUCAACCACGCCGUGAUGAUCCUUCAAAGUGAGGGUCACAACAUCUUUGCUAAUUUGUCCUCCAAGGAAUACAGUGACCUUAUGCAGCUUUUGAAGCAGUCAAUACUGGCAACAGACCUCACGCUGUACUUUGAGAGGAGAACUGAAUUCUUCGAACUUGUCAGUAAAGGAGAAUAUGAUUGGAACAUCAAAAACCAUCGUGAUAUAUUUCGAUCAAUGUUAAUGACAGCCUGUGACCUUGGAGCCGUGACCAAACCGUGGGAGAUCUCCAGACAGGUGGCUGAACUUGUAACCAGCGAGUUCUUUGAACAAGGAGAUCGGGAGAGAGCAGAACUCAAACUCACUCCUUCAGCUAUUUUUGAUCGGAACCGGAAGGACGAGCUGCCUCGGCUGCAAUUGGAGUGGAUCGAUAGCAUCUGUACGCCUUUGUAUCAGGCUUUGGUGAAGGUCAAUGUGAAACUGAAGCCGAUGCUGGAUUCGGUGGCUGCCAACAGAAGUAAGUGGGAGGAGUUGCACCAGAAAAGGCUGCUCGUCUCUUCGGCUGCCUCUGCCCCCUCUGUCAACCUCAUGGUGACAGGAGAUGACAGAGACUAACCCUCCAGGUCAGCUGCGGCUGUGAAAUGACUGCGUCCUCAGGAGCCAGCUUCGGUCCCACCACAGCAUUCUUUUGUUCCUUUAAGCUCAAACAGACAUAAAGUCUCAGGGUUGUGCUGGGAAGCACGCCUGGGCUUUCACCUUGCAGUGUGGUGUCAGCAGAAAGGACAGAGGAGGAGGUGGGGCAGGGAGCGCAUGCCCCAGGAUGCUCACCUCUCCCUGAUGAACAAACAUGGGCUGAGACGAAGAUUCUGGGCAGCGGGCCACUUGGGUCCAGGACCUGAGGACGGUUGGCCCUGCUCACUCUGAGCCGAGGGAACGUUGAACAGUGAAGGCGUCAUUAGCGCUGCUUCAUGUUGCGUAUGGCUGUUCUGUUUGUUACAAGCCAAACAAUGCCUGCCUUUGCAUCCUCUCCUGAGCUCCCCCUUUUGCGCCAGACUGUCCCAAGAAUCCCAAUUGGUAUUCUGUAGAGAUAUCUUAUUUUUAAUCCUAAAGCUUCUUAAUGAUGGAUCAGAGCCUUUAGAAUUGCCUACCUAAAAGAGAAACUAUAUUAUCCUUACAAAAACCAGCCAUUCCCAGUUUUCCCCUAAAAAGGUCUAUAGUAGGAAGACAGCAAAUGUGUUUGUCUGAUUGGCGUUUAGACAAGAUUCAUAACACUGUAUUGGGAUUGUGGUCCCCUUUUUCAGUUUUUUAAUUCAACCUUCAUUGUAGACCAAGUCUUCUCCCAGAAGGAAUGGAUUAAUAGACUUCAAUUAAAGUAAGGGUGAAAGGAAAUCUAUAGGUGGAUUUAACACAAAUGACACAUGAACAUUCAGAACUAUUUCCAACAGUGAGACAUUUCACAGGACACAGCAGAGCCACGGAGAAUGAUCACUGACUACCUGGAGCUCUCCUAGUGAUGAGUUUCAGUAUAAAAUGUAAGGUUACUACCAGUACCAACCCAAAGCCAAAUGGAAAGGUCCCCAAUUUUGGAUUUUUCCUUAAGUGUAAGAUAUAAUGCUUGAAGGGUUAAGAAACAACAGUCUAGGCAGAGAACAGAUAUUCUAUAGAAAGCUAGGUUUAUGGUAGAUAAGAAUAAGCUAUAUUAAAUAGAUGCAAUGACUAGAAAGCUGAGAGACUGAGGACACGGUAUGCCUUAUCCAAAGAACGCUGGGCCAGAAGCUACACUUGUACCCUAGGUUUGGCACUAUUCUCUGGAUGGCUUUAGACAAGUCACUUAACUUCUCCCAGCCUUUUUCCUCAUUUGUCGAAUGAGAUUACACUAGGAAAUUAUUUUCAAACAAGAUUUAACCUUAGAACUCUUUGUUCAAAUAAAUCUUACAAAGAAUCCCCAAGACAUAAAACAUCUAAAAGCCCAAGUCCUCAGUUUGAAGCUGGGUUGGGAGAGCCAGAGCCCCUACAAAUCCUCAUUUCUUUGAUUACAUACCUAGUAGCCCAUAAUCGGGCUCUGAGGAGUUUGAAAAUCUCUGGACCAGAUGAACCUUGAAGUCCAUUCCAGCUCUAAAAAAAUCUAAAAUAUACAAACCAUUUUUGUUCUUGUUGCUCGUCUGUGUCAGUUAUUAACUUUACUACUCAAAGAAACAGGGGCCAAGUUCCACCAAGGACAUUUUUUUCCUGGCGCAUAGUAGACAUCUGGGAAAUGUUUAAAGAAUGGGUAAAUUAAAGUACCAAAACAGAAAUAAGGGAAGAGCAGGUACCCAUGGGGAAGAAGGAAGAUUCUAUAUGGACAGAAAUAGAGUAAAAGAAAAUUAUA